AUGGCGGACGCCGCAGCCAACAAUCCCAAGGCACAUGCCAUUCUCCUCGGCAUUAUUGCCGCUCAUGGACUCGCAGACAAGUUCUCUAUCCACCUUGUCCACAAGCACUUCGAUCUACCCGAAGGGCGAGUCAUGGUCUACGAAACCAAGACCCCCAACAUGCGUGGCCUCUAUUUCAAGGCAGCCCCCGAUGGGACCAUGAUUGCCUACGAGUUCACCACCAAUCCAGGCAUGGACUUGUCAGCCCACGAGGACUUCGUCGCUACGUUUGCGGCUGCUGUCUUAGACCUCGGAGCCCAGGACAUAUUUGCGCUGACGGCUCUCUCCAUCUGCCCGAAAGACAAGGUCUUCACUGAGUUUGAGCUGGGCCAAGUCCGUUCGACCGUGUUGGUUUCCGACGCCAGUUGGCUGCCUGCUCGGGAUGUCGAGACGUCCACGACUACGGACUGGCUCGCGACCGCGGAUUACGCGCAAUACGCUGAUGGCUCAGUCCCAGGCAUCAUCCAACUCAAGUGCACGACAACUCGAUCCGGCAGCCACUACAACGUCACCUGUAGCACGACUAGGAAUGGCACCCAUCUGGGCCACGCUCCUGAUCCUUUUGCCGGCCAGCCACCGCAGGAGACUGUCCUCAACAUCAACGGCGAGGUUCUCCCGGAAGGAACCGAGGGACACGCUAUUGUUUCACACGCGCUGCAGUUGAUUGUUGUUGCCUAG